CAAUGUAUCUUAACCUACAAAAUGUCCAGUCAAAGUGAAUCCGAUUGUCCUGUUUGUUUUAAGAAGUUCCCACAGGAUAGCAUUGAAUCGCACGUGAAUAAGUGUUUGUUCCUCUCGUCUAGUGAGUCACAGGAUGAGGAUCGGAAGCCGUCAUCGAGCUUCAAGCGUCCUUUUAGUAUUUUCGAGAAAUCCCCAUCAACAUCGAAAAAAGCAAGAAUUUCCACCGCAGGAAGCAGUAAAAAAUCCCCGGAACUCGAUGAAACGGAUGUAAUUGAUCUGUCAGAGGAAGAAGACUCAAAGCAGGAAGUUGAGGAUGCCCCACCUAAGCCGUCAAGCAGUAAAAAGCCGAAAGAUUCGGUGAAAUCCUCAAAGCCACUCGCUGAAGUAGUUCGUCCGGAAGUCUUGGAUGAUUACAUUGGACAGGAGCAUGUCAUGAGUAAGAAUGCAGUCCUGAGGACAGUUCUGGAAAAGAAUGAGAUUCCCAGCAUGAUUCUAUGGGGCCCACCUGGAUGUGGAAAGACAACUCUAGCCCACAUUGUGGCAAAUCAGUGCAAGCAAUCGCAGAAUAUUCGUUUCAUUAAAUUGUCAGCCACAAUGUCAGGCAUUAAUGAGGUGAAGAAGGUGGUGGAAAAUGCGAAAACAGACCAAAAGUACAGGAGAAAAACUAUUCUGUUCAUGGAUGAAAUUCACCGAUUCAAUAAACUUCAGCAGGAUACUUUCUUGCCACACGUUGAGAGUGGGGUGAUUACGUUGAUAGGUGCCACCACGGAAAAUCCUUCCUUCAGCCUCAACUCUGCCCUCUUGAGUCGCUGUCGCGUGAUUAUUCUCGAGAAAUUGGCCACAGAGGACAUUGUAAAGAUCCUCGAACGGGGGAUCCGCGAGUACGAUGGCAUUUGCUUGGAGAAGAUAGAAGGUACUGAUCGAAUGGAUUUUGAUGCAAAGCUGGCAAUUGAUCGGGAAUCCCUGGUAUGGUUGGCACAAAUGUGCGAUGGCGAUGCCAGAAUUGCUCUCAAUAGCCUACAAUUGGCCAUUCAGACACUAACAGCAAAUGAUGAUUGUGGCAGCGAGAAUGGGAAUGAUGGCUUAAAAAUAAUCACAUUGGAUGCAAUUCGCGAGGGUAUCAAGAAAUCCCAUCUUCUCUACGAUCGUAAAGGUGAUCAGCACUACGAUAUCAUCUCAGCUCUGCACAAAUCCAUCAGGGCGUCCGAUGAUAAUGCUGCCCUGUACUACUGCGUUCGCAUGAUGGCCGGCGGUGAAGAUCCACGCUACAUCUGCCGCCGAAUGGUUCGUGCUGCAAGUGAAGAUAUAGGUUUAGCAGAUCCCAAUGCUGUUACCAUAGCUCUGUCAGCGCUGCAAGCUGUUCAGCUCAUUGGAAUGCCCGAAGCUGAUUGCAUUGUAGCACAGUGUGCUGUGUACCUGGCCAGAGCUCCCAAGAGUCAGGAAGUCUAUCGGGCCAUGAUGAAAUGUCGUUCGGAGGACAUCACAAAUUGGAAAGGGCCCCUGCCAUCGGUACCACUGCACUUGAGGAAUGCUCCAACGAAGUUAAUGCGGGAGAUGGGAUGUGCCAAGGGGUACAAUAUGCGACACAAAGAUGAUUCCGGACUCCAGUAUAUGCCCGAAGGGAUGGAAGAUCGGGACUACUUCCAAUGAAUUUCUUUUUGACAUUGUAUUUCAUACAAUUCAAUUCAAUU